AUGUGUCUUGAAGUGUUGAAUGGGGCUUGUGACUUUUGGGUUCUCCGUACAGCCAUACUAUUUAUCUGUGACCUUUGCGCUAGCACUGCUCAGAACAUCCCUCUGGAUCCGUGGCAACCAGCAUCCUUGCAGAAGUCCUGGAGUGAUCAGAGGAUGGACAAGUCUUGCACACGAUGCAGGGAUUACGUCGCACAUCAAUAUUGGGACCACAUGGAUAAUCGGAAAAAGCGUUUCUUUAAGCUUAUGCUUGGCAAUUUCAGGAAUGGAGUGACCAUACCAGAGAAGUUUGUGCGCAGUGUCGGGGGAAAGAUCUCUGAACUAGUCAAACUAGAAACUCCAGAUGGUAAUACAUAUAAUGUUCAUAUUGCCAAGGAACUGAAUAAUCUAGUCCUUCGAUCUGGAUGGUCAAAAUUUGCCAGAGUUUAUGAGCUUCAAGAGGGUGACCUUUUGAGGUUCAAAUACAAUGGGGACUCCCACUUCAAAGUUGAGAUCUAUGAUCCAAGUGCUUGCGAGAAAGAGACAUCCUGCGUUGUAAUGAACCACAAUCCAGGUCUCCAAAAACGGAGCGUUCCUCGUGAUAAUCCAAUGUUAUCACCGGAGGGUGAAAGGUUAGCAAAGCGUCACAAUGGUUGCUGCAGCGACAGUUGCAAAACUUCAAAGAUGAAUCCAGCAGGCACCCCACACAAACCAACUAAAAGGGAAGCCCCAUCUUCUGAAGAUGCCAGGAGUUCGGGUGAACUUCAGACUUCCACCAGGUCUCGCUAUUUCUUAGCAACAGGGUGCAACCUGACUGAUGCACAUAAGGUGGAAGUCAACAAAAUUGAGCAAAACAUCAGGCCUGAGAUUCCAUUAUAUGUCAAAACCAUGUCCAGUGCCAGUCUGGUUGAUGGAUUUCUGGUCAUAUGCAAAGAUUACGCUAUCAAACACCUUCCACGCAAAGACGAAUUCAUCACACUUUGCCAUGCCAGUCAUAGCAAGACAUGGGGUGCUCAUUACAGGAUCAACGCUGAUGAUACAUAUCAUCUUUCUACCGGCUGGUUGGGAUUUGUCGAUGACAACCAGUUGCAAAAAGGCGAUACUUGCGUGUUUGAAGUAUUAAAGAGGCAGAGAAGUUUCACAAUGGCAGUUCAUCUGCUUAAAGCAAGCUAUCAUCAUCCACCAGGAUUUCCCGCUUCUUCCAAGAGUCUUAGGCCUGAAGCCAAGAGUUUUAGGCCUGCAGAUAAAGUGAGGUUGUCACGAUUCACCACUCUGGAGGGUCUGCUGAAGACUAAAGUAUAUGAGAAAGUAGAAGCUAUUAAGCCUGAAAUCCCUGUUUUUGUGUCUAUCAUGAUGAAAACCAAUGUUAGCAGCAGAAGCCCCAGUUUGGCCUUCAGUCUGGAUUAUGCCAAAGAUUUUCUCCCUGGUGAGAACCAAAUUUUCAGGCUUCACCGGCCCGGGGAAAGCGCUCCAUGGAAAACUGAAUUCAAGAGCUUUGCUUCAAGGCGUUGGCUUGUUAGAGGCUGGGAGCAGUUUGUCAUUGACAACGAACUGGAACUAGACGAUGUCUGCCUCUUCGAGCGGAUUGAAAACAAGAAGAAGCUCAGGAUGAUGGUCCACAUCAUCCGAAAAGAAGAGUACUGUUGA